AUUUUAUUUAUAAUGGAAAGCAAUAAGGAUGAAUUAGAAGCCAAAAAGAAAGAUAUUGCGCAUCUUUAUUCGAGUCUUCAAGCAGCUAUUGAUAAACCAACAAGCGAUAAUCCCGAAGCCAAGUUUAUCCCACUCCCACCUUCUCUUCCAAUGUCACCCAGUUCUUCUUCUCCCAUGUUGCCAACAACAAACAAGAAAACAUCUCCAUUAACUCAAGAUUGUCCUUGUAAACACAUUUUAAAUGAAGACGACAUUACCACUUGCUCACUAUGCCAUUUGCCCAUCCCAAUCAUUGAGGAGCUUCUGGCCGAGAAAGCGCAAUACCAGGAAGAAAUAAGACAGCUCCAACAACAACUCGGGGAGGAACAGGUUCGAAUUGAAGAGCAAAUAAAGUGUAUCAGUGAGUUAAACUUGCGUAUGGAACAAGUGCAACGUGAGUUGGAAGACAAGACGAGCCGAUUUCAAGCUUUACAGAGUGAUAUGGAAUUACUCAAUGACAAAUAUGUGGAUGAAAUUGAACGAGUUGCUGAAAUUCAACAUUCAAAAGAUAUGGUCGAAAGUGAAUUAGAAGACCUUUCUCGUCGAUUGUUUGAAGAGGCCAAUGGUAUGGUUGCAACAGAGAAGAGAGCUAAACAUAAUUUGGAAAUUGCUCAAAAGCAUUUGGAGAAUCAAUUGCAAGAGACAAAAGAGAGAUUAGGAGCUGAACAGAUGCAAUUAAAGGAACUUCGAAAGAGGAUGGAGGAUAUGGCGGUGGACGAUAGUAUCAUGCCAAAGACACCAGAUCAUAUCAAGGAUAUCACAAGUCUAUUAGCAGAACGCAUGACUCUGUUGACAAAUGAACAAAAGCAUGCUCAGAUUGAUUCUCUAAUUCUUGAUGAAUUUGAAGAAUUUGUAAAAGCAGGAACCUCGGUCCCUCUGAAAAAACUUCAUACAAUCCCAUUUAUGAAAUACUGUCAAGAAGAGGAUGUGGAAGCUUGUUUGCGCUUUGGUCCUAAUUCAAGAUUAUCUGCUCGUAAAAUCAAUGAAGCCAUUGUAUUGAAUACCUGUUUCAUUGAAGAAGCUCCACCUGGAUUUGCUGAAGAACAAUCAAAAAGAGCGGUGGGUGAGACACCAUUAAAAUUCUCGGGUGCAAAGUCAAUGAUGUGGGAAAGAUUCAGUUCAAACAAUCAAUCGACGGUGUUUAGUGGAUGUCAAGCCUGUGGAAGAAAUGAUGGCACCUCUUUACCUUAUCGAUUUAGAAUUUCGUAUUUUGAUGAUUGGGCUUGCAUCGAUAGAUUCUGUCGUGAUAGAUUGGUUGCUGUCUGUGAAUUUUAUGUAUUGAUUAGAAAUAUCAGACAAGGUUUGUAUAGUAACAGAAGUAUCCCUGAUCUCUAUCAUGAGGCGAUGCGUUUAAGGUUGCAAAUGUUUUAUGCAAGAAUGGGUGCCUUACCUUGGACUCUACGUACGUCGGGUAAUAGCAGUAGACCUGCCAUGCCAAAAGUAAUUUCUUCUGAAUCUUCUCCCUUGCCCAAAUCCGUCAAGGUGGUCGAAGAACCACGCAGAGGAAGUCUAGAUGAUAUUCAUAAAUCAACUGAUAUUAAUACAGAAGAAGAUCUCAAUAAUCCUACCAUUUAAUGCUAUACGUUUCAAUGCGUAUGUUACCCCCCACUUUUCUCAUCCUUGUAUGAAAUCCUCUACCACUUUUUGCCUCCUUCUUUCUUAAAAAAAAACAAUCUUUUUCCCUUCCUACUACUCCUUUCCUUCCCAAAUCUUACUCCUUAUAUUGAUAAUAAUUUUGUACAAUAAAAUAUGAUUCCCCCACCACCAUUACAUUAC